AUGAGUGUAGAAUCAGGGGGUCCAGGAGGCCCCCCUGAUGAUUUCAACCUGUACAAUGUAACGCAUCGUGGCGAAAUGCCCACAUUAAAACAAUCACAAAGCAGAAACUAUAAAGCCCUGAAGGUCGCCUUCUUCACUCAUCCUUCUGAUACCGAAAAAUAUUUCGUUAUCGGAGGUGAGGAAAUCAGAAAACUCAACAUCUUCGAAAUUCAUCGUGGGCUGAAGUGCAUUUCAUCGGAAAAUUUCAAAAUCAUUACGAGGCUAAAUAGUGGAGAUCUUUUGCUCCAAACAUCAUCUACCCAGCAAAUCGAUUGUUUGAAAAAUCUGACUAGUUUUGGAGCUGAUAAAAAGGCCGUUACCAUUUCCGAGAAUGGUGCUUUAAACAAAUCUCAGGCUAUUAUUCGUUGUCGAGAGAUCAUGAAACUGGAUAUGGAGACAAUACAAGAGGGAUUAAAUGAUCAAAAAGUUGUACAUGUUCAGAGGCUCAAAAGAAGGGAGAACAACACAUGGGUGGACACUGCAACACACAUUCUUACAUUCGAUUCCCCAAUAUGCCCAGCUGAAAUUAAUGUUGGAUAUCUCGUCGUCAAGACAGAGUUGUACAUCCCAUCCCCCUUCCGGUGUGUCAUAUGCCAGCGCCUGGGACACACAAAGAAAAGAUGCGAUUCGAAGAAGAAUACUCCUACUUGUGGGUAUUGUGCCAAACCACUACACGGAAAUGAAGAGCCCUGUCCUGGUCCAGUCAAAUGCGUAAAUUGCCUUGGGAAUCAUCCAAGCUCGAGCAGAGCAUGCCCAAAAUUCAUAGAGGAGAAGGAGAUCAACGCCAUCAGGGUGACUAUGAGGAUCCCAUACAAAUUAGCCAGAGAGGAGUUGAAGAAACGGAAAUUUGUCCAACCUGCAGCACACAUGAAGCCCACCGCCCCAGAUAAUCAAUCGAAGAAAACUUUCGCAAGUUACAAAGCGAACUUCUGUAAGUCCAUCACCAAAAAGCCCAAAAAUUAA